CGAAGUAGUCCUGUGUACAUUUCAUCCGAGGAGCCUGGUAUCGUAAUGGCGGACGGAAAACGUCCCAUCGGAAAGGGAAUCCCUGAUCAGAACGAACUUCUUCGACCACUGAUAUUCCCAAAUCAUCAGAGGGGGUUCAAACUAUUCAACGCAGCAAUUGCUACAGGACUGACAGUCUAUUUUGUAUUCAUUCACAAGUUCAGUAGUGAAGACCAUUGUUUUAUGCCAAUAAGAAGAUUUGUUGAACAACAGAAAAGAUAUUUCUUCCAAAUUAAACCAGAGGAUGAGGAGUAUAUCAGGAAACGAACUGAAGAAUUGAAAGCAAAACAAGCUGAGAGGACUUCUUAAUCUGGCACGAAAUGUUGCCCCAAAACAGGCAGUCAAAACAACUUUUCAACAUCAACAGCAACAAAAACAGUCAGAAACUUGGUCAAACAUUGAAUAUAGCCCCUAAUACAAACAGAUAGGGUCACUUGAAAAAGUCUGGUACUAAAUCAUGAGUUCCAAGACAAGUACAGAGAAAUCCCUGAUCUGUCACUAAAUAAUCCCCAAGAUAGUCUGCUUGGCAGCCUCCAACGUUAAUACUCCAACCGAUGGGGGCUGCGAAGGAGAUCAGAAGGCCCCUCUAAAAUUCAAGUCAGUGAUAUAAAGAAAGUAGCAUGGCGAGAGACAAGGUACCUCUGGAUAACGAGAUCCUAAGCCUUGGAUAAAAAGGAAAGCACAUUGCCCAGAUAAAAGAGUUAGAACCCAUUGAUAAGGACACUUUUAGGACCCCAAAAGGAGUCCUUAAUAACAAAGCAUGUUUAGCUUUAGAGAAAGUGUACAAAGCCUUUAUUUAUUGUGACUUUAAAACUGUUCCCUUGAGUAAGGAGCCUCUGUAACUGUCAAUUUUAGUUCAUUCUAGUGUGCUUGAAGAAGGACCAGCAAUCAUGGUUUGGAGAAAAAAAUAAAUAAAAGAAGAUUUC